AUGAGUGAAAUUAAAUACAAAAAACUCACAACUAAACUUGAUAAAGGAUUAAAUCUUUGUCUUUUCGAAACAAUAUUCAAUUGGAGACAAGUUAAUGGAUUAAAACAUGAUGAUUAUACAAGAUAUAGAAGAUUUUGUUCACGUAGAAUUAAGAGAAUAAGACAAAAAGUCCAAUUGAUCAACAAAUGGGAAAAGAAACAAUUUAAACAAUUAAAGUUGAUUGCUGAACAUAUGAAAACUUCAGAAUGUUUAAUGAUUCCUUUAUUAAAAGUAGAAAGGUGUUGGGCAUAUUCUAACGAACUUCAACCUGUUGAUGAAACUGAAGCAAGAAAAGGUCAUCACCAAAAAAGAAGACUUCAUAAAAUGAAAAAAUAUUGUGAAGAAUUUAUUGGAUUAAUGAAAGGAUGUAAUAAAAGA